AUGUCUUGGGAAGAUACUACGGACAGGAUCUGCCGAGAUGCCACAGAUAUGGUUGGGCAUACUCCCUUGGUUUACUUGAAUAAGGUUACAAAGGGUCUCAAUGCCAAAAUCGGUGAGUUUUCCUUUUGGGACGUAUCCUCUCUCGAUGUUUUACUUGUACAGAAAAUUUCUUAAUACUUUUUGGGUAGAAGUUUGUAAAUUUUUCUUGUUUUAGCUGUGAAAUGCGAAUAUAUGAACCCGGCCUGCUCGGUAAAAGAUCGCGCUGGAGUUCACAUGAUAGAAGUUGCCGAGAAGGCCGGUCUCAUCAAACCCGGAGAUGUCUUAAUCGAGCCAACGUCUGGAAACAUGGGAAUCGGCCUGGCCUUUGCUGCCGCUGUCAAAGGAUACAAGCUCAUUUUGACAAUGCCAUCUUCGAUGAGCUUAGAAAGAGUAAGUUUAAAUAAUAAAGCAUAAUUUAUUACCUAAUUUUUUGUUUUUAGAGAACCUUGUUAAAAGCGUUCGGUGCUGAAGUAAUUCUGACUGAUCCUUCAAAACAAGUGCUUGGAGCAAUGGAAAGAGCGAAAGAGCUCGAAAAGCUGAUCCCAAAUGCUCAUGUUCUUGAUCAGGUAAGAUUUGUCCGAUUAAUUUAAAUUAUCAGUCUCUCGGGAACAUACGUAGUGACGGGUCGCAGCAAAAUGUUUCGUCGAAUAAAGGUUGCAGUCGCGCACCAAAUUCCGGCUGCGGCAGUCGUCGCACGGCGAUGAUGGGCGAUUCCAAUGCGCGACGACCCGCCACUUUCUUCCCGACAGACUGAUAACUUUUUAGUUCUCAAAUCCCGCCAAUACCGAAAUACACUAUCUUACUACCGGCCCAGAAAUCUGGCGUCAGACUAAAGGAGAAGUGUCCGCAGUUUGUUUCGGAAUCGGCUCCGGUGGCACGAUGAGUGGAGUCGGCCGUUUUCUUAAGGAGAAGAACCCUGACGUCAAGGUGUAUGCUGUGGAGCCAUACGAGGCUUCGGUUAUCAACGGAUUUGAACAUAAACCUCAUACCAUCCCUGGCAUGGGGGCUGGUUUUGUUCCAGACUUGUUGGACAAAAUCUACGAGGAAGCGCUGAGAAUUCCAUCUCCGGAGGCCGUUUCUAUGGCCAAGAGAAUGGCCAAAGAAGAAGGAAUCCUUUGUGGAAUCAGUGGUGGAGCAAACGUUUGUGCAGCGAUUCAAGUGAGUAAUUUUUAUAAAGUAUUUGUAAUGGUCGCUUUAUUGAUGUUAUUGUUUUUGAUAAACGGAUUACAAAUUAAUAAAUUAUCGCUUUUCAGCUGGCUAAGCGUCCUGAGUUUGCGGGGAAGUUGAUUGUAACAAGUCUGGCUUCGUUUGGAGAACGUUAUUUGAGCACAAUCUUAUACAAGGACGUUAAGGAGGAAUGUGAAAAACUUGGAGAGACCACCUUGGAACAAGAUCGCAAGUAUCUUAAUGAGAAAUGGGGUCUACAUAUCUAA